CGUCUCCAUCUGAAAAAGGCUGGAAGAUCUGAUGUGCUUUGAACGCAUCUCGCGCCCCCGCUUCCUGUUGCCGUCCUUCCGCUUCAUUUCCCCCCCUUCCUGGUUGCCUGAAUGCACCGCCGGCGCCCAAACCCGCCUGACGUCAGAAAACUGGAGCGCGACACUUAUUAAAUACACUGUCUACUGAUCAUUCAUGCAAAGGUAAAAAUCUGCAACGACCACCCAUAACAAAGUUAUCCAGAAAUUGGCAUUCACUGGACGGCGGCCAGGAACCGAGAAGGAAGGACGAGACGAGACGAGACGAGACGAGACAGCAAGAAGGGCAGACAUGGCCGAGCUGCUGAGGCUGCUUCUGCGGGUUUCUGAGAAAGCCGCCAACGUGGCUCGAGUCUGCAGGCAGGAGGCGCCUCUCUUCCAGCUUUUAGUCCAAGAAAAGACCGGCGAGGACAAAAACAAGAAGUUUGUUCAGGACUUCAAGACGCUGGCAGAUGUGGUGAUCCAGGAGGUGAUCCGGCACGAUGUCGGCGCUCAGUUCCCUGAGAUUGUUGACUUUAUUCAGGGAGAGGAAUCCAACAAGUUUGAAAAUGGACUUGGGGAAAGCGUGACCGUGACGGUGCGCGAUACCGAGGAGGAAACCGCAGCGCUCCUGGCCACGGUGCUGGACGGCGAUCUGGCGGCGGCGGCGCUCCUGGCGCGAGCCAUCCACCGAGACCCGGCCGCCGUCGACGCGGACGGACCGAACGUGCCGCUCCGCGCCUCGGAGCUCGGCAUCUGGAUCGACCCGAUCGAUGCCACCAGCCAAUACAUAGAAGGCCGCGAGGAGGCGCCGGAGGAGGGCCGCCUAUCGCCUUCGGGUCUCCAUUGCGCUCUGGUCCUCAUCGGGGUUUACCUCCGCAGCACGGGCCAGCCUGUCAUGGGCGUCAUCAACCAGCCGUUCAACCGCAAAGACCCUGCGAGUGGAAGGUGGCAGGGGAAGCUGUUUUGGGGCGUGUCCUGCGGCGACGUCAACGCGUGCUCGGUCACGCGCGCCAAAAGCGGACCAGUAGAGCGUCGGGCGCCGUCGGUGGUGCUGAGCUCCAGCGAAAAGCGGGCGGUGAAGGACGCGCUGUCCUCGCUGUGCGGACCGGAGAAGCUGACGUACGCCUCGGGAGCCGGCUAUAAAAUCCUAUGCGUCAUUCAGGGCUCGGCCGACGCCUACGUCCUCUCGGAAGGGAGCACCUUUAAGUGGGACUCGUGCGCGCCUCACGCGCUCCUGCGAGCUCUCGGCGGGGGCGUGGCGGACCUGACGGAGAGUCUAAAGAGCGCUUCCGAGGCGACCGUGGAACUGACGUAUCACCGGCCCAACGCCCGGGGCAAAGGUGCUGACCGCUGGGCCAAUUGCGGAGGCCUGGUGGCUUACGGAGACUCUUCUCAGCUAAGCGCCAUCUUGGAAGCUCUGAGAGGAAAGCUCUAGUUUCACGGAUCAUCUUGUUCGAAUGUAGAAAAAGCUCUUGGCUUACACACUCUUCUUUUUAACCAAAUUCACACGAAUUGUUGCAUUUAGCUAAAGCUGUGGUGGGGAUUGAAAUGUGAAUGUUCGACAAAUAGAUUGUACAGGAAGUUUUCUGAAGCACACCUUCCAGACGAUCAUGUAUAAAGACUUUAAUAACCUGCGAGGGGUGCCAAUAGUGACCUGGCCUCAUCUAGAAAAGGAAAUAAGUAACCAUGGAAAAUGUCAUUUUUUUGUUGAGCUGACCUGUGACGGACGGGAUAGAUAUAAAUAUGUCGAGCGGAUGGAGCGCUGCGCCUCUCAAACGUCUCCUUGUAAGGAUAUAAGCUGACCCAAAAAGAAAAGCGCUGCGAGGCCAAGUCAUGAACUUGAAGUACCGGAGACCCGUCAUUCACAGCGGUCCGCGUUGCCGAUAUACGCACAGAAAAGCCGGGCAGACUUGUUGCAUUUAGGAAAUGAUCUUUACUUUGAAAAUCAGAGUAAGGGGGGGGAACUCACCCAAGAGUGAUUUUUUUUUAAAAAAAACGUCUGCCAGUCAGGGAACAAAAGCCCCCAAUGAUUGUCAGAUAUAUAUAUAUAUAUAUAUAUAUAUAUAU